AUGAAAAACGCUAGCUUAACAUCAUUAUUGUUAAACAUUUUUUUUUUUUGGUUGAAACAAAUACAUUGUAAGCAUGUUGAAAACAGGGAAUGUAAACAAUGGGAUUCAUGGUCUACUUGUAAGGAUGGAAUUUCCACAAGAAUAUGUUUAACAGAUAAAUCAUUAACGGAAAAACAGACAUGUACAAAAUGUGACAAUUGGAGUGCGUGGUCAACUUGUGUAAAUGGAAAGAGAAGUAGAAAUGUUACUAAUUGUCCAUUCAUUCGGGAAGAACAAGAUUGUGACCCCAAUGCAUCAGAGCAACAAAAUGCUAGAAACAAUAUAACCAUUAAUUUUGAUAAUAAUAACGAGGCACAUGUUGAUGAGGAAAAACAAAAUGACAAUUUCGAAAAUGUGAUGGAGACAGAAAGUCGCCUGCCCGUUACAGGUGAUAACACAGAUGUUACAUUUAUUGAAAAAAGUACACAAAAGGAAGAAAAAAAUGAUCAUACGAAGAACAGUUUUGCACAUGUUAUGAAUAAUUUGCAUCAUAAAAAUAUAGGAAAUCAUAACAUUACUCUCUCCACAACAUCACCAUCUGAAGAAAUUACUCAUGUUGAUACCAAUCAGGGGUCUCUACAAAGCGAUGAAAAAACAGAUAAUGCAAACCAUAUGAUAGAUACAACAUUGGAGAAGAAAGAUAGUAACAAGGGCGAGGAAGAAAAAGAAGAGAAUAAAAGCAUCUAUGAUCUCAAUAGCAACCAAGUAGAUGAAGCAAAAAUAGGAUUAUCUAGUGAACCAAAGAAAUCAAAAAGUUUUCGUGAUAAUAAAUCAGACAAAUUUCCCACGUUACCUGGAGAAAGUGUGAAACAAAUUAAUGCUAUCCCAAAACAUAUUAAUAGAAACUAUUUAUAUGAACAGCAAGGAGAAAAAUAUGAACAUGAGGAAAAUAAAUCACGAAAAAAGCAUAAUACAGGGGGGGAAAAAACAGGAGGUGCACCCAAUUUUAACCAAACCUACAUUGCUAGUGGUAUGGGUAUCAUUUUUCUCUUAACUGGAAGUGCUGCUAGUUAUGCUAUGUAUGCUGGAAAAUAUAAUCAACUAUCCGAAGAGGAAAAACCUGAAAAUUUCGAAGUCAUUUUCAAUGAUGACAUAAAGGUUAAAGAAAAUAAUAAAUCUAUGUAUGAAGAUGAGUUCUGGGCAAUUGGGUAA